AGCCAAUCCAGUUAUAUUUAAGUGAAGGCAGUCAAACGCCGCCAAACGGAUAAACCACCAAAAAUUCCAAACCGUCAGAUCCAAUUCAUCCCAUUUUUUUGCCCGCCGAUCUAAACCAAUUCGGUCCCACAACAAACAAGAAAAAGGCCCGCCCCAAAAAUUUCCUGGCGCACCACCAAAAACAACAGACCAGAAAAAAAAAAUCCCCGGAGGAAACUUCUUUCUUUCUUUAGGGCCUUUUCUGGAAUCUUCUCGAAGGUAAUGGCAGAGCCUGAGACCACCAGCAACGACAGAUCCACUGGCACAGUCAAAUGGUUCAAUGCCCAAAAGGGUUUCGGUUUCAUAGCUCCCGACGACGGCGGCGAAGAUCUCUUCGUCCACCAAACCUCUAUUCUUUCCGAAGGUUUUCGCACUCUCUCCGAUAACCAAUCCGUCGAAUUCGCCGUCGAUUUCGGUGAAGACGGCCGCGCUAAGGCCGUUGAUGUAACUCCUGUCCCCCGAUCUCGCCGCCCUUCCCAUGGUGGUCGUGGUGGUGGAAGAGGAGGAUAUUUUGGUGGAGGAGGUACAGGUGGUGGUUACAGGAGAGGCAGUUAUGGUGGUGGCGGAGGAGGUGGAGGCGCCUGCUAUAAUUGUGGGAGGAUGGGGCAUUUGGCGAGGGAUUGUUAUCAAGUUGCUGGGAGCACGAGAUACAGUGGCUUUCGUGGAGAUGAUGGUGGAAGUAGUAGAUACGGUAGCGGCGGCGGCGGCGGCGAUAGUGAUCGAGGAGGAGGAGCCGGUGGGAAAUGUUUUAAUUGUGGAGAAGAAGGUCAUUUUGCAAGGGAUUGCCCUAAUAAAUGAUUCAGAAAACAAAAGUGAAAAUUUAUAUGGCUACAUUAUUUUGGGAGUAUUGGUGUUUCAUUUGUGGUGUUGUUGUAAAGGGAUUUUUCAGAAAAAGAAGAAGAAAUCGGAAAGUUCUUUAAUUUUUCCGAUUAGAUAUCUCUGUUUCAACUUGUUUCUGAGUGAUUUGGUAACGUCGGUAAAAAAAAAAAGCUUUUAUUAUUUUAUAUGAUGUGUUAUUAUUAUUGUUAU